AUGUAAUAAUAUUAUCAAAAACAAUAACUUCCAUAAAAAUUUUAAAUUCCUUCAAAAAUACAUAAAAAUCUUUAAGGUCAUAAAGGUGCUAUAUAUUCCGUUAAAUUUAACUCUAACGGCGAAUACAUAAUGUCUUGUUCCUAAGACCGUAACAUCAAUUUAUGGAAUCCUCAUAAAGGUACCCUUAUUAAAACAUUUACAGGUGCCCAUAAUUAUGAUAUUUACGAUUUAUGUAUAAGUUAAGAUAAUUACAAAUUUGGCUCUGCUGGAGGAGAUAAAGUUGCAUUUUUAUGGGAUGUAUCAACAGGAAAUAUCCUUAGAAAAUUUGAAGGUCAUAUAAGCAAAAUAAAUACAAUAGUAUAUAGUGAUGACGAGUCUGUUUUAAUAACAGGUUCAUAUGAUUGUAAAAUUUGUUUUUGGGAUUUAAAAUCGCAUUCAUAUAAACCUAUAGACACAAUAAAAAUAUGCAAAGAUAGUGUCUCGAAAAUAGUUGUGGACUCUCAUUAAGUUUUGGUCUCAAGUAUAGACGGAAAAAUACGCACUUUUGAUAUUCGAAUGGGAAUUUUAACUACUGAUGAUAUGAAACAUCCAGUUCAUUCUUUUUCUUUAAGUAAUGAUAAAAAAACUUACGCGGCAAGUUGUUUGGAUAGUAAUAUAAGACUUUUGGAUAGAGAAAAUGGCUUUGUUUUGAAUAGUUAUACAGGGCAUAAUACAUCUAAUUAUUAAUCAAAUGUAAUAUUUUCAUUUGAUGAUAGGUUCUUAAUUUAAGGUAGCGAAGAUGGAUCAAUUUUUUAUUAUGAUAUUUUAUCUUAGGAACCUAAAAAUACAACGAAAAAUCAUUUUAAAGCAGUUGUUGCUCUUUCAUUAUCACCUCUUAGAGAUACCUUAGUUUCAGGAUCAUAUGAUUAUAAUAUUAGUGUUUGGAAAAUAUAAGAGAGUGAAUGA